AUGUCUCACUACAAUUUACAGACGCUUCCGUCACAGAAUUAUGCGGCCUUGCAUGCAGAGCAAGACGAAGAAUUUCAUGACAGCUUCGAGUACCUGCCCGUCAACCUCGCUAACGAUCGAGGAACGUCUUCGCCUGGUGUUCGCAAUGGCCAGUCAUCCACUCCUCGUGUUACAACCAGCGACGUCAACGGCAAUGCAGAUGACAUUGCUGCGUUAAACGCGGCCAUUGCUUAAGCCAAGGCGAACAAUGCAGAGCUAGAACGUCGAGCAGAAACGGUCAAACUGAAAGCCGAACUUCAUGCACUGCGUCAGCGAAACGCCCAUUUACAAAGUCAAGCGGCUGCCCGUCCUGAUUUGGCUCCUGGUGAACGUGGCAAACCUCGAGAGUCUUCCGUCGCAAUAAAAGAGCUCCCGGCUGAUCCUGCUUUGAGCGCGAAGGUUUCUUCAGAAAUCGAGUGUCUCGGGUUUUCCUCGAGUGACUCUGAAGACGAGGGCGAUGCCUCCAUCAAGAAGAAAGCUCGAGGUAAGAAAUUACAGUUGGGCAAGACUGCUAAGCUCAUGAGUCGUGUGUUAGCGCCACAGCACUGGCCUCAUAGUUUUCUUAGUCUCGCAUACGUUUCCAGGGAGCGACCUUAUGACGAGCUAACUCUUGCCGAAUUCGCUGCCGGAUACGCCUCCAUCUUGCAGCUCAAUAGUCUGCCUCCUGACGAACAUUCUGGCUGUCUUGAUCAUUUCAUUGUUUUUGAUGUACCUCGUCACUCAAUUUCCUUGGCCUGCCGUUCGAGAGUUUCACGGCGCUGUCUUGUUUGA